AUGCCUCCCAAGAAGAUUGAAGUUGUCAAGGACAAUGUCGUCGCGUUCGGCAGGGUAAGCAAGAACCUGAAGAUGGGAUGCGUCGGUCUGCCCAAUGUCGGAAAGUCGAGUCUCUUCAACCUCUUGACCGAGCAGAGCGCCGCUGCGGAGAACUACCCGUUUUGUACCAUUGAGCCCAACGAGGCGAGAUGUGCUGUCCCCGACGCUCGAUACGACUUUCUCUGUGAUCUGUGGAAGCCGCCGUCCAUGUACCCUGCGUACCUCCAGGUCACGGAUAUUGCUGGCCUGAUCAAGGGUGCUUCUCAAGGUGCUGGACUCGGAAAUGCCUUCCUGUCUCACAUCCAGGCCGUGGACGGCAUGUACCACAUUGUCAGAGCGUUCGACAACGAUGAAGUCUUGCAUGUCGAUGACUCGGUUGAUCCCGUCCGUGACUUGGACACCAUCCAGAGCGAGCUUUGCAAGAAGGAUCUUGACAUUCUGGCGAAGACCAUCGUCGCUGAGGAGCAGAUUGUUAGAAAGGCAGGUGGCAAGUACAAGAUGCUGCCUCUCUUUACAGAGACAACGACAAAGAUCAAGGAGAUGCUGGAGAAGGACCAGCCAGUCAGAGACGGAAGCUGGACGCCGGCCGAGAUCGCCCUCAUCAACGAGAAGAUCCAGCUCAUCACCACCAAGCCCGCAAUCUACCUCGUCAACCUGACAAUGAAGGACUACCUCAGACAGAAGAGCAAGUACCUGCCGGCCAUCGCCAAGUGGGUCACCGAGCACGGAGGCGUCCCCCGCGACAUCAUCCCCUUCUCCAUCGAGUUUGAGGAGAAGCUCCACAGCAUGAAGGAUGAUCCUGCUGCGCAAGCUGAGUUCCUCAAAGAGAGCAAGGUCAAGUCAAAGCUGGACAAGAUCGUCACCGAGGGAUUCACCAAGCUUGGCUUGCAAUACUACUUCACUGCUGGUGAGAAGGAGAUCAGAUGCUGGACCAUCCCGAGAGGUUGUCUCGCACCGCAGGCUGCUGGCGCUAUCCACAGCGACUUCGAGAGGGGGUUCAUUAAGGCUGAAGUGGUUGCCUACCAAGACUUCCACGAUCUUUGUGAAGGUGGCAAGUCCAUGGGCCCGAUCAAGGCUGCUGGAAAGUAUCGCCAAGAAGGAAAGUCCUAUCCCGCCACACCGCUAUCCCCGACGCGAAACAUCGCCACCAUGUCUCCCGCAUCCUCAAUCCACGAUCCGGGCGACCCAACGCAGCCACUUCUCGCCAACCAGCGCCGCCGCACCAGCACAUUCAACUUUUUGCCUAGAUUCAAUGGGGAACGUCGCGUAUCACCCUUGGCGGUGAGACGCGCUUCCCUGCAGGAAGUCCACCCGCAUCAUGAAGAUGUCGAGCCCGUCCUCCCAGCCGCGCCCGUCGCCGCUCACGAGGAAACCCGCCUGCACAAGCCUCAAUGGGCUUUGAGCGAUAGACCACCCAACACAUGGGCCCAGAUCCGUCAUUACUGGCGUGAAGAGUUUGCCGAAUUCUGGGGCACCUUCAUGAUCCUGCUCUUCGGCGCCGGAGUCGAGUGCGAGACGCGUCUCAACUACAAAGGCUCCGACAUCCGCUCCAACGCCGGCGACUUCCUGCAGUGCCGUCUCGCCUGGGCAGCCGGCGUGUCCAUGGCCGUGUGGAUGUCCGGCGGCGUCUCGGGCGGACACUGCAACCCGACCGUGACCGUCGCCCUCGCCCUCUUCCGCGGCUUCCCCUGGCGCAAGGUUCCCGGCUUCCUCAUCGCCCAGGUCCUCGGCGCCACCCUGGCCAGUCUCGCCGUCUACCUCAACUACUCCACCAGCAUCGCCGCCUACGAGGGCAGCACGAAUCGCACCCUCGUCGGCGAGCACGCCACCGCCGGGCUGUUCUUCACGUUCCCCGCCGCGGGUCUCCCGUAUCUGGGCGCGUUCUACACCGAGUUUCUCGCGUCUGCGGUGCUGAUCGCCAUUGUGUUUGCGCUGGCUGAUAAGAAUAAUUUGUCUCCGCCCAAGGGCACACAGCCAUUCGCUAUGUUUCUGGCGCUGUUGGCGAUCGGCUCCGCUUUGGGCAUCAACACUGGGUAUGCCAUGAACGGCGCCCGUGAUACCGGCCCGCGUAUUGCGCUGGCCAUCGUCGGCUACGGGUCUGCUGUUUUUACGCAUGACUACUACUACUGGCUGUGGGCUCCUUGGGUCGCUGCGAUCAUUGGCGGUGUUGUAGGUGCUUGUGUGUACGAUGGUUUCGUGUAUACCGGAAGGGACUCGCCUUUCAACAUUCCCCGCAAAGAGGAUGAUUGA